AUGGAUCUCGACGUCUUCUCGACGAACGUCCAGAAUAUUGGCAAACUGCGGUGAGUUUGUGAAACGGGAUUGAAGAAACAAACCAAAAUUUGCGUUUAGGAGUGGCAUCGACGAGUUUCACAAGUUGGCCGCCGAAAUUCGAAAGGAGGAGCACGCGGUGCAGUCGCUCGAGAAGCACAUUGCAAAGUGUGACGGAGUGCGGACGGAACUCGAUCUGGAGCGUCGGAAUCAUGCGGAAGAGCUGCGGCAGAUCAACCAGGACAUCAACACGUUGGAGGACAUCACGAAGAGCACGACGAACGAGUUGGAGAAGCGAAAGCGCAAGAUUACGGUCACGCUCGCCGAGGUCGACGGGCUCCGCGAGUUUAUCAACGGAAAACUCGCCGCGAUGAACAUUCUGCACAAAUUGGAGCCGUCCGAGGAGGAGUUGAGGUAUCAGAGGACGUCUGGAAGGUUCGUGCACACACUUUGGCAAGCGGUACUGUACUCCUAAUGCUUUGGAUUCAGACCAAAUUCGUCUCAGGAGCUAAUCUCUGCGGACGACCCCAGAAUUCCGGCUUUUCUUCAGUGUUUUUUGCAAAACACGGGUUCUUCUCAGCCGGUGAUGAACGUGGAUGGCACGCCGAACUUGGUGAAUCGCCACCGAAUGCCUCCGAGCUUCGUCGCCGCCAGCAAGAUGAAGGUACACACUUUUUCGCUGAAACUGGGCCAACGGGGUUCGCAAAACUUCGAAUUUCCAUGAAAUUUUUGAUGGAAUGUGUUCCCCCACUCUAUAUGAGUACGCUCCCAAUUUUUUUUUUCCAAAAUUUUUGGUACAUCCCGAGUUACACCUGUUCAAAGUUGCUGAGGAGGGGCGUGGCCUCGCUUGCAAGUUUGCCGCACGCGUUUUUUCUCAUUAUCUGGUCGACCAAACCAAAGAGUCAACAUUUUAAAUGAGCAGAAAUGAUGUUCUAAAAAAGCAAAGCCACUUUUGAGGUCAAAAGUUUCGAACCCGACACCUCAAAAUAGCCGAGCGAGCACUCUGCCACUGCGCCACCCAGGCGGAUGCGCGCUCACCGCCAAUCGCGUUGAAAAGCUCGGUGUGCGCGGCCCCUAACAGGGGUGCAGUUAGUGCAUUUUCGCGCUGAAAUUCGAAACAUAUCGGACUGUAACUUUUUUCGGCGACGUGGAAAAUUGUCAUUCUAAACGGAAUUUUGUCGAGAAUUUCACGCAGAAUCCGAUUUCGUAAAAAUUAGCCGUGUGAACGGUACCUGUGACCCUCAAAUCCUCGAAAAACUAAAAUUUCGUCUGAACAGGCGUUACUCAAUCGAACACAAAAAUGCUCCUAGGGUGUCUAGAGCUUUGAAAAUUUAUAUUUGGGUUCUCAGAGAGUGUAUCUAUAGAUUCCGAAAAUAAAAAAAAAGGGUCAUCGCUGGAAAAUUUUCCGCUAACUUUUCUGGCAGUUUGAGGAUCUGUAAAAAAUUUCGGCAACGUGGAAAUUUAAAUCUGACUUCAAAAACGGAUUCCCCAUCCCUUAAACUAUCGGAAUCACUUGAAAAUAGGCGUGUGAUCCCAUAAACUCGGGCCACACGGGCUCUCAGACUGAGUUCCAUUUUCGUUUUCGCCGUUUUUUGGAAAAACGGUGCGUUUUCACGGGAAUCUGAGUUGUUCAUUGGAUUCAGCAUGGUCGAUUACAUAAAACAAAACUUUUUGGGUAUGGUACUUCAUUUGGGGACCUCGGUACAGACCGUCAAACACGCGCGCGCGAAAAUCGGGAGAAAAUUCGUCAGGCCACGCCCCCUAAAAUUAUAGUCAUUUGAUAGAGAAUUUCAUGCUGAUCAAUUUUGUCUCUUGCACUUUUUGUCUAUCUUUUCUAGUUUUCGAGUUAGACGCCUUCAAACUUCCCGCCGAGCCUACAGUAAUCCGUAUCCACUUCCUUAAGAUCUGCGAGAACUGCGGCGCCAACAUCCAUCGCAACGCGCCGACGUGUCCAAUGUGCAAGAUGAAGACGAGGAGCAAGAAUCCGAAGAAAAAGUCGAAGAGAACGUAUUCGGGCAGUGGUAUUUGA